AUGCAAAAUUGUGGAUUAUCCACAGAUUAUCUUCGAGGACAAAGAAUACUAGGGUCCCAGUGUGUUCCACGGGAUUACAUAACAGGUUGUAACAGAUUAGCAGAAAAUGCUAAUCAGAAUGAAUAUAUAUGGGAGAUAUGCAAAGUAUACAAAAUCGGAAUUGGCGUUCAAGAUUUGAUUAAGUAUGAUGAAACAACAGAAAAUGAUAAGCCACCAUAUUUUCGCGUGAUACAACCAGAUGAAAUAAUACAAAUAAUAGUAAUGCUUCACAACCCUGUGAACAAAAAUUGUGUUGUUUGUGAAUCAGGAGACGACACAAAAUUAUCGUUGACAUUCAAAGUUUUACGAGAUGUAUUUAAGAGAUUAACGAAUGAUGUGACAAAAAGAAUAGCUAUUACAGAUGCUGUGAAUGUUGCCGUAACAUACAACCCUAAUCAUAUAUUUGAUGUUACGAAAGCUCAAUGGACAGAUUAUUAUAAUCUAAAUAUGGAGACUUUAUUAUCCGACAAUACUAUGAAGUAUUUAAUCAUUUGUGGCACACAUCCCAAAGAAAGCUUCCGUUUAUAUAUGACAGAUCCAAAAUUGUCUGCUACAUGCACACCGAAUAAAGAUUUAUAUGGGCAUGAUCUUGAAACUAGAAAAGAGGUAGAAGUAGAGAAAUGCGUCUUUGGUGCGUCUCGUCGAGAGUUUUUCGUCACCUUCACAGUACAUCCAAGUUCUGCGAAAUAUGACAAAAAACCUCAAAAUCCAAUUGCACGAAAACAAAUGUAUUUUGCAUUAAUAAAUUAUUGCGGUCAAUGCAAUGGAAUAACAAUUGCUGGUUCCACAGGCACAUCUGACAGCAUGCCUUACAUGCUUUAUAUUCCAUACGGACUAGCACUCGAUAAUCAACUUAAUCUCUAUGUGGCGGAACCGCCGCGCGCAAAAGUUUCCGCCGUAUUGAAAAUAGAACAGAUCCCGCAUGAAGAUGAUAUUAACGUUUAUUGUUUAACUCCUUUUUUUAAUUCAAAAUAAAUUUUCUAUGUAAUACCUGCAAUUUCUGAGGAUCGACUCACAACACGAGUCUCGUUUCUGUGGGAAAACCGUAAAAAAUAAACUGUCUUGUGGACCUUUUUUGACUAUCUCAGUAAAUUCUUCAGACCUACUCUCAUCGAUGCUCGAUCAAUAAUUAGCUAUUCUGGUACAGUUUCUCGACUCAUUACUCGACUCGAACAAUUUUCAAAUCAAGAAGUCCUAUUUUUGAGAAAGUUUUCGUUUCGAAUUAUGUUACACUAUAAAGUAACGUCCUCUAAACAUUUAACUUGUACCAUUUCUCUAUGCAAUUCUCGUUAAUUCUACAUUUAUAAGCAUGAUAUCUGACUUUGUCUUAUUUGUCUUUUACAUAUUUUCAACAUAAAUGCAUUAAUGCUUAUCUUGUGUUCCUCGCUUAUGAUUGGCUUGUCCAUGGAAUAAGUGACUGCCAUGUUUUACACACAGAGAGACAGUCAACUGUUUCGUAUGACAUUAGACUAAAGUCCAGGGAAAAAACGUAAGAUGAUGUAGCAAUGUAAUUACACAAGGUAACACUCGUCUGCACUCGCUCGAUCCUUUGACUUUAGGAACUGAUAUCUGCGAACGACCUUCCAUGACUUUGACUCGAGGACAACGCUCAUGUUCGCUAGGGGACUAUCUACAAUAUGUUAUGAAUAUAUCUCUGAUUUGAUGUGUAGGCUUCGUAAUCUAAUAUAAAUCUAAAAAGUUUUCUCGAGACCCUCUAAAGAUCUCAAAAUAUUUCUGACUUGAAGACAAUGCUCACGUCUCCCUUCAGUCGGCAAUCUCAGCCAGCAUACGUGAGAAAUGUUUUACACUUCACUGAUUCCACAGAAGAAGCGCAGGUAAUGCAAACUUUCAGUAGAAUUUGUUUUGGGCAUAUUAUACAUAUUCAGAUUCAGCUAAACGACCUGAUUACGAAUAACACCUUCCGAGCCUCCAAAAGCCAUUUCUUCAUGGAGAAAAACUCAAAUUACUGAGAGGACCUCAAAAAUACAUGAUUUAGAAAAAGGUUUUCAGUUCAUUUCUGAGGUAUACCUCUGAAAUGAACUGAAAACCUUUUUCUAAAUCAGUCUUCAAUGCUGAUUCAGAAAAAUAUAGCUCGAACCUUCCAUCUUGCAAUACAAGCUCAAAAAGUCAAUUUCAUCAUAGAGGACCCUCUGAAGAUCCGAAGGAGGGCUGCAAUCAAUUCGCCAUGAUCUAUAUACUGUAACCUUUAUUAUCUGCAGAUGACUUUUUUGUGUUAUGAAAACUGACUGGUUUCUGGUCGUCUUGGUCAACACAGAAGACAAUCAUUUUGUAAGACCCUUGACUAAAGUCUAGGGAAUAAUAUUUGCUGUGCAUAUAUACUCUCCUUCGUGUCUCUCUUGAAUAUCUAUGCUUCCCACAAAGCAACCAUAAAAAAUACAGUUUAUCUUUGCAACAAGAUUUCGUUCAAGAUGAAUUCUUCUAAAACGAUGUCACAAUCGCUAAAACGCCACUUAAGAAACGGCAGUGAUAACAACCACAAGCGUAGAAAUGAUCAUAAAUGUUUAUCACCAAAGCAAGAAUGUAAUGAUAAUAAUGGUAAAGUAUGAUAUACAACUAGUUUUUCUACAAUGAGUCAUCCCACAUCCGAAAAAAUACAUGGUUUUUGUCAGAUUUUCGAGAACAGAAUCCGACACUUCGGCAUUCGCUUUUUUGACCUGCGAGAGUGAAUAGCAUGCGAAGUAAUGCCAAGACAAUUGAUUUCAAGAGAUUUUCUUUUCAGUUCUUAAAGAGUAGGUUGCUGAAACGUCCGCUUUUGAAUAUCCAUUCAAGUCGAUUUCUCUUUUCCCUUUAUUUCAGACCUGAGCCCUACAGGUUAUACCUAACGUAAUCUAACCUACCUAUAGAUUAGGUUAGGAUUAGGUUGCAAAAGUUAUAGGUUAGGUUGGAGGUUGUGCUUAAUUGUUUUCGAUUUCUUUCUACUUUCGCGCAAGGGAAAUCUUUUUCUGAUUUUGAGUCAUCCACGCCCUAAUUCUUUGAAAGGCAAAAAACUCAAUGACUUUUGUCAAAUAUUCGUGUAACGUUCUGUGGAUUGAAAAUAAAAAAUCACAAGAUACGUUAGGUUAGGAUUAGGUUGUGGAUUUUUUAUGGGUUACUCACUCAAAAAAAAGGUCCUUUUAAGAACGUGCACUUCUAGUUCUCCGGAGUAAUUCUAAAAAAAGGAUUAUUGAGAUUACUCCUUUUUUGGAGCACUCUUUUGGAAAAAAGAGUACUCAAAAAGAGUGCUCCAUCAUACUACUCUUGAUAUUUUUUUUUGAUUUGGGAUAACCUAUAGGUUAUAGGUGGCAAUCUGCAGGGCUCUGUUUCAGACAGAAUUUUGAACAUCCACUGUUUUUGUUUCCAUUUAUGCUUGAAUACAUUUUAAGUUUAAGUGCUAUUGUUGACG